ACGAGGUUCAUCUCAUUUUCAGAUCCAGUGCUAGGGAGCUGGUUUUUUUUUGUAGAUUUUUCAUUUCCAACCAUGCAACUUUCAGUGCUUCCAAACUAAAUCAAACAAAACCAUAAAUCAAAUACAAGUUAACCUACACCAUAAAACCACUGUAGUUCUGAGCAAAAACCAACUCUACUAUCAUACCCUUCUCGUGUUCUCCUUUUGAAUUUUUUUUCUCUUCCACUGAUGGUGUCAGAAAGCUUCUGUGGUUGAUUUGAACCGGUGAGAUUUCUACCUGGGUGUUGUAGCUGUGGUGGACAAGGUUUUCGGUUACAUGCUUGGUUUGGGAGGGAGAUUAUCUAGAACGGCAAAGAUUUUGGUUUUGGGCUGGUCUUUGAUACCUUGUACUGAGUUGUAGUACUUGGAUCUAGUAGAUAUAACCUGUAAAUCGCUCUUUGACUCGGUUAUUGUGGGUGCUAUGGAGACCCUUUUUGUUGUUGAGCAGCAUAAGAACCAAUACUACAGCAGGUCCAAGUCCCAGGGUCAUGCUCGAUUCGGGGGUUCACCUUCCAGGGGCUUUAGGGAUAUCAAUUGCAGGACUUUUGAGUCUGGGAGGACAGGUAUAUUGCCAUCUCCUUUGAAAUCUCAUGGUUCCCCUAAAUCACCACCUAACUCUGACUACAAAACGUUUGGGAAAGUAAAAGUUACUCCCAAGAGCACCCCAAUUCCCAUCAAUGGUAUAGCUUGUAGGAGAAAAGAGAGAGAAGAUGUCCCUGGUGGUGUUGAUCUUUUGCUUUCUGAGUUAUGGGCUGGUCCUACCUACUCAAAUUCUCCACCUCCUAGUUCCUUACCAAUUCCCAAGUUUUCUGUCAAACCAAAGAGGACUGUGUCCCUUAAUCUUCCUGGUUCCUCCCCUGAGAUUGAAAUGCGCCCGGUGGCUAAAUCUGCACCCUCUUCCCCUGCCAGGGAGCAUUUGGAUUUGCCUUUUACUAGGGAUCUCUUUGUUAAUGCUGAUUCUGCUACGAAGACCCUGUGUCGGAUUCUUAAUCUUAACAUCAAUGACUACUGAAAUGCAAGGAGGAAUAGGCUCCUGUAAGAAAGUCCUUUUAAUGAAAGUGGGUUAGUGUUAGAUAUGUGUAGAUACCAAAUAACGUUUGUAAGCUAGUAGUCUAAGUUUAUGUAGCUUUCGGUUGUGGUGGUACCCUUGACAAUCUUGGCUGUCAUGGUGGGUCAACAUUCUCCUGAUUUUGGAAGUGGAUGGAGCUUAGCUGUGGAGAGGGUAACUGGGUGUGUACUGGAGGAAUCUACUGAAAACAGGCAUUGCUGUGGAUCAUGCAAGGAAGCUUCCGUGAAUAUGGUUGGUAUGUAGAAUGGUGGUAAUGAUGGGUAGAAGUGGCAUGGGAUGGACUUUAAUAUACUGGACCUGAAGAAAGUUUCAUUCAAGUUGAAUCAUCCUAAAUAUAUGAUUUAGAUUUCUUAGCAUCAUCUCCUUACAGAGUAGUUAACUUUUCCUUGUUCUCUCGUAGGAAGGUCUCUUGCUUUAGAUACUGUGUAUAUGAUUUCAAAUUCUCACAUCUCCUUCCCUGUCCGCUCUCUCUGUUUCUUCUUUCUAAUGUUCUUAAUCAUUCAAUCUUCUAUUCUAAUUUCUUUUUGCUUGCCUUCUCUGCCUGACAUGAUUUUAUGGUGCUCAUAGGUGCCAUAUCAGUCUUCUUCUACAUGUUUAUUCAGUUUGCUUGCUACUUACCUUUCUCACCUGUCUUUCUUUUCCCCUAGUCAUUUUGUUUCUCUUUGUUAAUUUUGUAUUAGUAAUCCUCAUUGAGGGUAUAGUUUACCCUUCAGUAUCUUUUCUGUUUUUUUUCAAAGAAAAGUAAGAAGGGAUUUGUAUUAGUCUUUGUUAUCCGCUUCAGAUUUUAGGAUCAAUCCAUGUCACUCCACCUACUAGUAAAGCCCUGAAAUGUUCAAUCCAAGUUAUGCUUAUUUCCUUAGUCCUAGUAGUUCUCUCCUGGUUUAUCUUCCAUCUCCAUGGAGUGUUGACCAUGCUAUGCCAAAUGUUAAGGGUGGCAACUUACGAAGGCUGUUUCAGUUGUGAAUCGUGAGUUGUGGUCAGUUGUAUUUCAGUUGUUCUACGUAGUGUGCCUUGUCUGUGUUUCUUUCUUUCUGCCUCUGUAACUUGUGGAAUUUGUCUGGUCUGCUUAAAUGUAAUGUUGGUGAUUGUUAUCUAGAUUGCAUUUUGUAUCUUAAUCAAAUACUUAUUCUCCUGAGUAAUUUACAUAGAAAUUCGUCCAAGGCUAUGGCCUAUGGCAUGAUUA